AUGUCAUGCAACACGACGCUGGAGGACUUGCACAUCAUCGAAGAGCCGCUAUGGAAGGACUUUACAUUUCACCACUUGGGUCUGGCAUUGGGCGCGGUCUUUGGCCUGCUAUCGGUCAUAAUAUCACUGUGUUUGAUCGCUCAGCAUGCGCUGCAUUACUCGAAACCGACGGAGCAACGCCAUAUUAUUCGCAUACUGUUCAUGAUACCGGUCUACAGCGUUGUUAGCUUCCUGAGUUUCCUCUUCUACAGGAAGGCGAUAUAUUUCCAAGUGAUGCGAGACUGCUACGAAGCAUUUGCGAUAUCGAGCUUCUUCGCUCUGCUAUGCCAUUACAUCGCUCCGGAUCUCCAUGAGCAGAAGAUGUACUUCCGAACGGUCACGCCACAGAACUGGUUCUGGAAGGCAUUUUGGUUGCAGUCUUGUACCGGAGGUGAGAACAAAGGUCCGUUUCGGAGACCGAGGAGCGGUCUAACAUGGUUCAACGUCAUCUGGGUUGGCAUCUUCCAGUACUGCUUCAUACGAGUAUUCUUCACGAUUGUCUCCGUCAUCUCUGAAGCGUUUGGACGAUACUGCGAGGCUUCUCUCCAUCCGGCCUUCGCGCAUAUUUGGACCAUGGUCUUUGAGAGUAUUUCGGUUACGAUCGCGAUGUUUAUGGUCGUCCAGUUCUACAUCCAACUCAAGCCCGACCUGGCCGAACACAAGCCGGGCAUCAAGGUCGUGUCCAUCAAGCUGGUCAUCUUCUUCUCCUUUUGGCAGACGAUAAUAAUAUCAUUCCUAUCGUCAUCCAAAGGACCGCUACAGCCGACGAAGCAGCUUGCCUAUCAAGACAUCAAGAUUGGGAUACCAUCCGUCUUGCUGAUCAUUGAGAUGGCCUUGUUCUCGGUGUUGCACGUCUUCGCCUACCCCUGGAAGCCAUACAGCAAAAAGCAUGCAUCGAAGGAUGAUCUCACGCCGUUGGACUCCGACCGCACCGAACCGGCGCUGGAGUACUACGGAGGCUUCAUGGGCAUCCGAGCAAUUACGGAUGCAUUCAACCCAUGGGAUAUUGUAACAUCGAGCGCUCGAGGAUUUCGAUGGCUGUUCGUCGGGAGCAGAGUCCGACACCGCGAUACGAGUUAC